UCUCUCUCUCAUCAACCCCUUCUUCUCCUUCACAAUGCCUGCAAAACCCAGAUCUUUAUUUCUCACCUUCUUACUUCUUCUUCUUCUUCCUAUCACAAUUUCUUCUUCUUCUUCUUCUUCUUCUUAUUCAUCAAUGCACGACCUUCUUCGCAGCUAUGGCCUACCAUCUGGGCUUUUCCCAGAAAGUGUAAAGUCCUACAAUUUCGACGAAACGGGGCGUUUAGAAGUUCAUCUGGAUCGUCCAUGCAUGGCCAAAUUUGAGAACAGAGUGUUCUUUGAAAGUGUAGUGAGAGCCAAUCUCAGCUUCGGACAGCUUAAGGGUUUGCAAGGUCUGUCACAGGAAGAACUUUUCUUAUGGCUUCCUGUGAAGGAUAUUAUCGUCAGUGAUCCUUCUUCUGGUCUCAUUCUCUUUGAUAUUGGCCUUGCUCAUAAACAAUUCUCUUUCUCCCUCUUUGAAGAUCCCCCCAUUUGCAGAUCUCAAGGAGGUAUUUCCUUCGGAAGAAAGAGCAUUGGAUUUCAAGAUCAGAGAUGAAAGUUUGGCUGCUCAUUUCAAAAGAUUACUUGUUUUCUUCCUCUUUUUUCUGGUUUCUUUAAUAAUAAUUUCAUAGAGUAAAGUGGAUAUACACCUAAUUAGAGUUGUGAGUGUUUACAGAAACAGUUUGAGAGGAAAGCAAAAAUCUUCCUGCAAUUUUGUUUGUUGUUUUUCAGCUCAUCUUCAAUGAAUGUUACCUCCUUUUUACUCUGUUUUCUCCAUUCUC